GGGGCUGAUGUGGGUGCUCACUUGUCAAGCCCCAUCCAUGGUAGCCUCACGCCUUACACGCAACGGAUCCCGGAAGCUAUCUUCACAACCACAACGCUCUGGGCCUCGAAAUAACCUGAUCCAGACAGUAUUGUGACCAUGGCAUCCGCCAGCUCCUCCCAAGUCGAAAAAGAGGUCAACACGCUCCUCCACCAGCAAGAAGACUCCGCCAAACAUGUCCGCCCAACAGACCCCUCAGCCGUCGACACCAUCAUCACCAAACUCUUCACCUCCAACAUCGGCAGCAUAGCCAUCCGCGAGCUCAGCCAGCGCCUCAUCCUCCUCGUGCAAACCCCCGACUUCGCCCUCAACGACCGAAUCGAAAUAUGCACCACCCUGCUCGGCAAAAUCGAACAGUACCAAGCCUCCCAAGAAGAGCAGAUCGCGGAGCUCCGCAUGAUCCUCGCAAACACCUACGAAGCACUCGAUGACUUCCACUCCGCUGCCCAGAUGCUCGCCGCUAUCCCGCUCAACUCCUCGCAGCGCAAGAUCAGCUCGGAAGACAAAGCAGCGACGCUAAUCCGCAUCGUGCGUCUGCACCUCGAAUGCGACGACCCCACCUCCGCCGAAACCUACCUCAACAAAUUCAAAAACAUCAUGCACGAAGUCACCAACCCAACCUCGCUCAUCCACUUCCAAGUCUCCCAAGCCCGCAUCCAAGACUCCCGCCGCGACUUCCUCGCCGCAGCAAAAGGCUACGAAGACAUCAGCCACGACCCCUCCAUCGGCGAAGACGAGCAACUCCACACCCUCUCCAUGGCACUAAAUGCGCCCGACGAGCGCGCGCCGCAGUUGGAGGAGUUUGCGAUCUUGGAGAACAUGCACCUGCAGCGUGUGAUUGCGCCGGGCGAGAUCGCGAAGUUCGCGGAGGGGCUGCAGGAGCACCAACUUGCGCGGAUGAGUGAUGGGUUGACGGUGCUGGAUAGGGCGAUGUUUGAGCAUAAUCUUUUGGCGGCCA